AUGGAGAAUCCGACCGUUAGUGAAUUGCGGUCAAGGUCCCGGUCUAAGACACCCUUCCUAAGAUCGAGCUGUGAUCGUGAAAACUGCGUAGAAAGUGAGGAGCAUACACAUCAAAAAACAGGACGCAGAACACCUAUUAAAAGAAGCACACCUAUCAAGCAGCUACAGCCCCCAUCAAAAAAAGGCAGCAUAGAAACAGUGCAAGAACAAGAUGAAACCCCACCAGCCCAUCGCACAAGGCAGACUACUAAAACUGAAAAACUUGUUAAAACAUCAGACUAUUCUUCUGAAGAGAGUCUGGAUAGACUUAAGGCCAAUAAAAAAGAGAUUUAUCAGAACGAAAUCAACAGCCAGUAUGAGAGUGUUUCAAGUUCACGUCACUACAGAACGCUCGCUGACGUCACCCUUAGCCCCAUAUCGCAUAAUCUGACGCAUGACAGGUCGUACCGUAUUGGAAGUCCUACCUACAGUGCCUGUUCAACAGACAGCUCCUUCGCAGAACAAGCAUUGGCCGACGCUAGUGCUCUCUUAGACAAGGAACCGAACCACGAGCAUCUACCCUAUCGGCUUUAUAAAAUGGCGGGAGAGUACUGGAACAAAUACCCCAAAACGGACUACACAUAUUCCCCAAUGUCUCGGGACCGCGUGGAGCUGGCUCCGGGGCAAGUGGCUGUCCCGAAUAUGUCUCGUCGCUCUCUGUCCCAAUUCCGGGUGCAAGGUCCAAACACAGUGGACGAACCUGACCAGUUUGUCUCCACUUGGACAAGUACAACUACGAGGAAACGUUUCACGACAGUAGAGAGUUCUGAUGAUGAGAGCCCGUACAUUCAUAACGGUUAUGGCGCGAGAGAGGAAAAAUGGUGGUUUACUCAACUAUUGGCAACAAUACUAACUACGAUCCGUACUAGCACUCGUAACGCCUAUAGGAAGGUGGUUGGCCCGUCCCACAGAUAUCCUUAUACUGACAGGAGGCCCGCUAAAGCUGGCCUUAUAUCACAAGCUGCAAGCGUCGUUACAGCGCCUUUCUACUGGAUAUACACUCUCAUCACUUCGGUCAUCACCACAACGGUUACUACGGUCACUGAAACGAUAUCGCCGAGUAAAGCAAUUCAAACUGAAAAACAUCGAGCUAUGUAUAAUAAGCAUGAGGGUGGGAAAUGGAAGCUGUGGCCGCUUUUGCUUUUAUUACCGGCUGUUGGAUAUGGAUCGUACUACACAUACGAGAACUUGGAUCACCUGGCUCUGCCAAACUUUUCAGAUUUCUAUAUAGAUUUAACAGACUUCACAGCAAAAACUUUCCAAAACUUGUCAAUGCCAAGUCUCCCUGUAUUACCUAACAUCAAUUUGACAAUGCCAAAUGUCAGUUUGACACAAAUAGAUGUGUCAAAAAAAUAUACAGUGUAUAAAGAAGUUGUACAAAAUAGUAUAAGCGAUGCCUCAGAUUAUUUACAAGUUGUAGCUGAGAGCUGCUGGGAAGAGAUACGGAGAUUUUGGCGUGGGGUGCUCGGAUGA